AUGCCUUCAGGUCAAGGAACCGGCACGAACCCGAUCCACAACAAGAAGCCUAAGAAGAAACCUGCGGGCGAGGAAGACGAGGAAGACAAGGCCUUCAAGGCAAAGCAGCAAGCCGAUAAGAAAGCUAGAGACGAAAUGGCCGCCAAGGCGAAGGGCAAGGGUCCGCUGAACGCCGGACAGCAGGGCAUCAAGAAGUCGGGGAAAAAAUGA